CGGGGGCGGCCGCGCCUCCCUGACCAAGGUGCGCCCCACCUCCAGGAGGCGAGGCCGCUCGCCCAUCCGGAGGGCAGCCAGGCCCGCGCGUGGUGCCCCCUGCCAGCAGCCUGCUGGCCGCACCCCAGCACCACCUGAGGGGCCUCAGGCGCCAGACCCCUGCAGCCCUCGGGCCCUGACCCGGGCUGUCUGGGGCCGAGUCCCGGCGCCACGGACCUGCGUUGGCGCUGCCGAGCCUGGGGGCGGCCUGGCUGAGGACCCACCGUGUCCCUACACCCCGCUCCAGGAUGGGCCUGAGGCCGGGGGGGCGGGGAGCCCCCCUGGGGGCCUUCCCCACACCUGUGGGCACCCUGCAGCACCCCCCUUCAGGAGGCCCCCCAAGCAUGGUGUGGGACCCGGCGGGAAGGCCUGGCGCAGGCUGAGACUGGCCCUGGCCUCUUCCCAGGCACCCCUGGGGGCCAGAGCUGGGCUCUGGGUGCAGCCGCCGCACAGGAAGGCACUGAGCAGCGGGGCACGGGCUGGGGCAGGUGGGGCUCCCGGAGCCCACAGCCAGGGCCCUUCCCAGGCUGGACAGGGGCGUCUGGCGCUGGGGCCAGCGGGGGCAGCGGGGUGGCGCAGGCUGCAGGACAGCGGGCCGGGCUACGGUGCUGGGCGGCCAGAGGCGCCGCUGUCGGGGAGAAGGUCUGGCGGAUCCAGCCCGAGGGAGGAGGCGGAGAACCGCAUGUCCACAACCGACACCCAGCUCCCCGGCCCUCAGCCGGGGCGGCUGCACCACCGCCCACAGACCGGCCCGCCCUGGCGGGGCCUGCCCGGGCCUCCUGGACGCAGGUCUGGGCCACCCACAGCAGCCUGGAGCCUGCUGCGGGCACUGGGGGACCGACGGCAGCGUGGCUCCAGCUCCCCCCGGUGUGGCCGCAGCACCUCCAGGCCGGGCCCCGAGGCAGGGUGCAGGGUGGGCCCAGGGCCCCCAAGAGGCCGCAGGGCCUGGCUGAGAACAGAGCCGAGGCCAGAGGGAGGGACCGCCGGCCGCGGGAGCGGCGGCUCAGCCAGUCCCGCCGGGGGGACAGCCCUGCGGCUGGGCCCCAGACAAGGCAGGGUGCCCAGGGCUCCGGGCCCCCGGGCGCGCACCGCCUCGCCCCUCGCUGCCCAGACCCUGCCAUCCCAGGCCCAGCUGGGUGCGGGCGGUGGAGGUGCCACUCAGGGCGACUGCGGUCAGCCCAGGUCACCUGGCGCUCAGCGAGACGCCACCGCUGACAGGGAGGCGGCGAGGCUGUGCUCGGCCUGGGCACGGGCCCACGGAGAAGGGCUGUCCGGCCUGAGGCCAGGCCCAGCCCCACCUCUCCCCACCCCCCCUCUCCCCACAGCUGCUCCCGCCAGCCCGCUCCCGACUGCGGGCAAAGGGAGGCCUUGUCCCUCACAUGAGGAUAGGGCCGCUAGGGCACAGGCCCCCGCCUGGACACCAGAAAGCGCCCUCGGCAGUGACAUGUCAGCCUCCGAUUUGAACUCAGGGGCCCUCCCCGCAGCAGUUUAUGCAGGACCCUCUCGUGCUCCGCGGAGAUUCCCCAAGGACAAAAGCCCAUCGUUGGGCGAGCGGGACAUUUAAGCAAUGUCCACCGCGGUGAACGCGCGGAAGACGCCUGGACGGACAGGCGGCCUAGAGUGGCGCUGAGGUGACCGCGGAGUGCGGCCCCACCUCGUGGCCGCGGCCCCGGGGGGCUGCCCGCGGCCGCAGUCCCUCGACACCGCCCCUGGGCGUUGCAGCUCGGCGAGGCCC